GGUCUUGUGACUUUUGGUUCUGCCAUCGUCUGUCUAUCAGCGGAGAAAGUGUUGCAACUCCAGCCUCAAAAAUUUCUGGCAAGUCAAUCAACACCAGAUAUUAGAAAUGAAUAUGUUUGUUCUGGCUGGCUUAAUCAUUGCCAUCAUAGUCAUAGUAGCAAUCGUUUGUGGCUAUGAUGUUCAUGCUUGGUACUUGGCUGGACACUUGGGCAUAUCACUCAUCAAUACUUGCAACAAAGAGAUUGGAUUGUGCAGUACGAAUGGCUUCGCCCCCCAAUAUUCAUAAGAGCGUUCAAGAAUUAUACAUCUCAGACGAUAGUCGAUGGUGACUCAAUAUACUUUAGUAAACCUUUGUAAAACUAUACCGUAAACUAGUUUGUUUACUAGUUUGUUUCCGUAUUAAUUUUAACAAAUACUUGUCUCCUGUGAAGCUGUGGCUUGUUGGAAAUUAUGUUAUCUUACUAGUUAUUGUGUCACUACACAUUAUGUCAUCAGUAUUGUAAUCACAUGAUCAGACACAUGUUGUGAGAAAUGAAUGAAAGAUGAACAAGAGUCAAUCUAAUUGAAUCCUGUAGUAUAACGAAAAUAAUAACAGUUUGAACGGUUAAGUAAGAGUGAAUUCUGAUUAUUUACAUGGUCCUUCGAACCGGAUUGGAAUCGGAAGUCUAAAAGCAAGUUUGCGAAGACUACUCAACGGAUCACUCUACUGUCCUAAUUGGUGCCCACGAAAGUGUGCAAGAACAAGUUGCGAAGACUACUCAACGGAUUACUCUACUGUCUGCGCACAUAAGUGUGCAAUGACCGACGCAGAAGUCUCAACAAGGAAGAGAAGAAUACGCGCUGGCCACAAGGCGUCGGCCACGCGGACUCUGGGUCAACUGGCUGUUGCUCUUGGAGAAACAUCCCCAAACCCAGAUCGACUGUCUCUACUUCAGCAGACCCUCGAACAAAAGUUGGAAACACUAAAGGGAUUAGAUACUGAGAUUAUUGAACUUACCCCAGAGGAAACCCUUGAUGAUGAAAUCCAACAAGCCGAUGACUAUCGGGAGCGAAUAUAUGAAGCCUUGACACGAAUCAAAAGAGCUGAACCUACUGCUACAGCACCAGGGAUUGUCCCACCUACGGCCACUCGAGGUCCUGAACGAGGGGCGAGAGUUCAACUGCCCAAACUAACACUUCCACACUUUAAUGGUGACCUGAUGAAAUGGCCAACCUUUUGGGACUCAUAUGAGUCCGCUAUUCACAAUAACGAUGGGCUAACAGACACGGACAAGUUCAAUUAUCUGAGGUCCCUGGUGGAACGAACUGCGUAUGAUGCCAUUUCCGGACUCACCCUGUCGUCCGUUAACUAUCAAGAAGCGAUUGAGAUCCUGCAGAAAAGGUUUGGCAAUAAACAACUGAUAAUCUCGAAGCAUAUGGAGACACUGUUGACGGUGGAGGCUGUGACAUCAGACCAGAACCUGAAGGAUCUGCGACGACUCUACGACAGCACCGAAUCACACAUGAGAAGUUUGAAGUCCCUAGGAGUGGAAUCAGAAUCGUAUGGGGCUAUGCUCUCCUCUGUGCUGCUAACCAAGCUACCUACCGAUCUACGUCUCAUUGUCAGCCGUAAGGUCACAUCCACAGAUUUGAACAUGGAUAGCUUACUUAAACCCUUCGAAGAAGAACUGGUCGCUAGAGAGAGAGCUUCCAACUCCAACUCCAACUCCUUCCAUACACCACCACGCCGAAAUCAAGAUCGAGGCCGUCAAACUUCCUCUGCCCUAUUGUCAAGGGCGCAGGAACCAAGAGCUGGAGUAAGUUGUAGCUACUGCCAGCAAUCCCACCCGUCGACCGACUGCAAGACUGUAAUCAGCCUCACCGCUCGCAAACAAACUUUGAGAGAUAGUGGUCGUUGCUUCAACUGCUUACGCAAGGGCCACAUGGGCCGCAAUUGUCGAUCCACAAGCAAGUGCCUAAAAUGCAAGGGACGGCAUCACACGUCAAUUUGUGAACGAGAAGUCGCUGAGCUGAAUCCUCGACCCCACACAGUACAACCUGAAACAACGCUGAGUCCCGAUGCAACCCCGUACACACCUACUUUGGCCAACAACGCUUUAUGCUCUGACAAAGGAAAUGCCAUCCUAUUACAGACCGCUCGUAGUAUCGUGCACAACCCUGCGAAAUCGGAGACCUCGAUUGAAGUUCGACUCUUAUUCGACAGCGGCAGCCAGAAGUCCUACAUCACUGAACGAGCCAAGAAUCUGCUGGCAUUGGAGCCUAGUGGAGAACAACUUCUCUCCAUUGCUACCUUUGGAUCCAACCGAGAACAAGCGAAGGUAUGUACGAUUGUGAAUGUGGGAAUGUGCUUGAAAGGAUAUCCACCCAUGUCGUUGUCACUGUAUGUUGUCCCAACCAUAUGUGGACCCUUAGUUGGUCAGCACAUUACUACUUGUUUUGAGAAUACCCAACAAUUUAUGGGACUAGAUUUUGCCGAUUAUUCCGAUGGGAGGUCCAGUCUAGAGGUUGAUGUCCUUAUCGGCUCCGAUUAUUACUGGGACCUAGUAACGGGAAGUGUAUGUAGGAGUGAAGUGGACCUACCGCCAUUCACACCAAAUUAGGAUGGGUACU